AUGACAAGUCGUGAUUCUAUUUUUGGAAGUUUAUAAGACAUUAAAGUAUACAGAACUUUUGCCAAAGAUCGUACUUACUAUUAACGAACAUUGGAGAAAAAAGGAUCUGAUUUAAUGUCUGAUUCCCCUAGUACACCUAGCAUUCAUAUUCGAAGAGUAACAUAGAAAUUAGGAUUUACAUAAAAAUAAUAAUAAUUUGUACUACUUUAAUUGAACAAGUACAGUCCCAAAAUAUUUGAAUAAUUAAAGAAAGAUCCCAUAUUAAAAAUUCUUUCAGAAACAAAAGAAAUUUAGUCUUAAACUCCACCUGUUCCUUAAACUGCUGUCUCAAUAAUCUAACAUAAAUUUUAACCUUACUUUUGUAAUCAUAAGACAAUGAAUCUAAGAAAAUCUUGUUUUGCAUCUUCUUUUUAAAGAAUUAAGACAUUAAUCUGA